AGCAUUUCAUGUUUAUCGCGUCGAGAAUCACCUGCUUGCCCCGCCAGGUUCAGGUACUCUACCCGCUCGGCAUCUCAUGCCCAUUCGCACGCACCCCUCCGCCUGAGAUACGAUGCUCGCGAAGAAGGAUCCCGGAGGAAGGCCCUAGAAGACUUCGCCGAUCAGAUAAGUACUUCUGCAGGAUUUGCCUGCUAGCUGAGAGACCGUUUGUUUUUGAAAGCCGAAUGCAGCGCCUCAAUCCGAUCCCAAAAGCAAACCGAUCGCGCCUGCUUCACACGUUGAACGGGCCCGGGACGAGUAUUUGUGCAAGGAUCGCGCCUUGGUGUGAUAUCACUGCUCGCACCUCGGCGAUCCUUUCACUUGACAUGUAAGGAUCCCCCGACGGCGUAUACAUUCAAGUCAUUAUUCAGCAGCGCUGCAGCGGAUAGCAGUUAACGUGAAGCAGUAAGAAGAACGGCUGACAAACUCGGCCAUGGGCGCAUUUGCCGUUCGGACAGUAUAUAAGGUGGGGAGCAACGUUCGCAGCGGUCCGAACAACUCCCAUCCUCCUCUCCUACGAUUCGACAUCCUCCACACCGCA